ACCCCUAACGAAGGGGACCUGUCCAGCCGGUUUGGGUAUUUCUGCUCGACGAGGCGUGGAACUGGGAAUCUUCUCUCCAAAAAUCGAGUAGCAGCAACAGGAAGAAUGGAGCGUCUCCGCCGGAGAGACAGACAGAUGUUUUCUGGGUUUACGAAGGGCGAGUUUUCCCAUCCCCCUCGGGGUUAACCCUUGCAAACAGAUAGAGAAAAUGGAGAAAUUGCUAGAGGAAUCAGGAUUACAGUUGCUUAAUAGAGAAUUUUGUCAAAAAGUUACCCAAGGUUUCAAUCGGUCUUCUGGUCGUGCUGGGAAGCCUGUAAUAAAGUGGAUGGAGGUAUACAAUUGGCUCCAAAGUCGACUGCAAGACUUCCCGAAAAAUGAAAAGAGGAUGUCUGAAAUUCCCAAAGCUUGCCCUUCAAAUAAGACUCAGGAAAGUUCUCAACGCCCCGAAGGUGAAAAGAGCCCAGAUUUAUCAGAAUUGGAAUUUGAAGCAAGGUCAUCAAAAGAUGGUGCAUGGUAUGAUGUUGCUAUGUUCCUUACGCAUAGAUUUCUUAGGUCAGGCGAAGCUGAAGCGCGAGUCAGAUUUGUCGGAUUCGGAGCCGAGGAAGACGAAUGGGUCAACAUAAAACAGGCAGUACGAGUACGCUCUGUCCCUAUAGAACAUUCAGAGUGUCAAAAGUUGAAGGUUGGGGACAUUGUACUCUGCUUCCAGGAGAGGAGAGAUCAGGCAAUCUACUAUGAUGCACAUAUUGUGGAAGUCCAGAGGAGAAUGCAUGACAUUAGGGGCUGCAGGUGUCUUUUCCUGGUUCGUUACGAACACGAUAGCACCGAGGAAAAAGUUCGUUUGAGAAGAUUAUGUCACAGACCGGCACAUCGAUUCUAAGCUGGAGAUAUGAAUGGUUUGCCACAGAAACUACAAUGGGUAAUGCUAAUUUUGUAUGUUCUUUCAUAAAGGUGAGGGCAUGUUGUGGGUAAAAUUUCAUAAUAGAAGUGGUUUGAUUGUUUUCACCUUAUUGUUUGUGUAUCCAUGGCAUCUGUAGUUUCUCCCAAAAGCCGUGGGAACAAGCAUGGGAGACGCACAUGUAAUUGUUGCAUAUUCUAUGCCUAUCUAUGGCAAAUUGGGCAAGACGAGUUCGAACUUUUAGUGGGUUUUAAUAUCUCUCUCUGCCCAUUGCUUGCA